AAACUUGAGAAGAGACCGUUAAGCACUGACAUGCUCUUUAGCACACGAAGGUCCGAUUAUCUUAUAUUUGACCCAUACAGUUUCGCGCCAACUUGCAAAAUGGCAGAUCGAGAAGAAGAGACCCGGAAGCGCUGUAGCUCAGCGCCAACUAAUGGACUUCAGUCCACCCCGGAGAAGAAACCGUGUUUAACAAGCAGAGAUGAGAACAAGAAGAGAGAAGACUAUCUGGAGUGGUCGGAAUACUUUAUGGCCAUAGCUUUCCUGUCAGCACAGCGCAGCAAGGAUCCCAACUCUCAGGUUGGGGCGUGUAUAGUGAACCAGGAGAACAAAAUAGUGGGUAUUGGCUACAAUGGAAUGCCCAACGGUUGCAACGAUGACUUCUUGCCUUGGAGAAGAGUAGCGGAGAACAAACUGGACACCAAAUAUCCCUAUGGUAAGAGUUUAAUACUUAAACAUCAAUGUCAUGCUAUAAUUCACUUUGUCAGGGUAAACAGAAUAAUUUAA